ACUUAAUCCUUGCCUUGUUUCGAACACCCCAUCGAUCUCAGGUCUCGAGAUAUUUGCGAUUCCACCAAGUCCCAGCGUUUUCUUCGACUGAACCUGUUUGUUCAUUACUAACCGACUCGCUCGCGUCUCUUCGUCUGUUGCACUCAUUUCAGGCUCGACGAGGACUCGUUUGACUUGUUUAGCAACCACCACCAUCAUCACGAAUAAUGGAUGAAGAUAUGGCGUUCGAUGGCCCCGCGCCGCUCCAGCCAGCCUUCCAGGAGCAGCCCAGGACCAACAUGGGCGAUCCCAAUCGCAAGCAGCUCGAUCUCGUCUUUAUCCAAGACUGCACCGGCAGCCAAGGCAGCUACAUCAGCUCCGCCACCCGCAACAUCGAGCAAAUCUGCGCCCACAUCUUCGAGAGCGGCAAGCUCCAGAGCCCAGAAGACCUCCGGGUAGGGCUGGUAGCCUUCCGCGACCACCCACCGCAGGACCACACCUACGUCACCAAGAACUUUGGGUUUUCGAGUGAUAUUAGCCAGGUGCAUCGGGAUUUGUCGAGUUUGUAUGCGAGUGGGGGAGGGGAUGGUCCGGAGGCUGUUACGGCCGCGUUAGCGGAGGCGUUGAAUAUGGAUUGGAGGGAGUAUGCGAGUAAGAUGGUUGUUCUUAUUGCGGAUGCGCCGCCUCAUGGUAUUGGAGAGUAUGGGGAUGGCUUCGACGAUGGUUCGCCAGAUGGAUAUGACCCGUUACAGUUGGCGAGGCAGAUGGCGUCCAAGGGCAUUACAUUGUUCUUUGUCGCCUGUGAACCUGCUUUGAGCGGUUAUUCGUAUGCCACCGACUUUUACCAAGCUAUUACCUCUAUCACUUCGGGGCUCAUGCUGCCCUUGACCACGGCCGACCUCCUCACACACGCGAUCGUGGGCAGCGUGCUCGAGAACCUCGACAUGGAGCGCCUCGUGCGCGAGGUCGGUCAUGCUGUGGCUCAGCGCAUCCUCGGGAACAACGAGAGCGUGGACGACGUUGCCCGGGAGUUGCAUGAAAAGCUGCUUUUGAGGAACGAGAGCACGAAGAAGGUGGUCAUCGAGAGUAUCUACAAGGAGUCGGAGGAAGCGAAGCAUAACGUUGCGGUGUUCACCCAAGCACCGUCAUUAGCGGAGGCCAGGCCUCUUUUGAAACGGGUACACGGCACCCGCUUCACAGACAAAUACCUGCAAGCACGUCAUUCGUUGCGCAGCUCGUAUUCAUCCUAUAGCCUGCCCCCUCGCUCACCGCCAACCAAAAUCGCAUCUCCAGUCACCAAAUCGCCGCCAUCCUCCCCACCUCGCAAGGUUGUGACCGAUUUCGCAGCCUUUGGUGCACCGAAGAACGCGAGUGUCUUUGGGACGGCUGUGGCUUCGACGCCGUUCUCGCUGGCGGGUGGUAAGGCUGCGUUUGGUGGUAUGAGGCCUGGCGCGGCGAGGACUGGGUUUGAUGACGAUGAUGACGAUGAGGACGAUGGUCGGCAAAAGGUUGAAUUGAGGGAGGAUAGUAUCUCGCUUGAUCAGGCAAGGCGUAUUGCCAUGCAGAGUGCCUGGAGAAGCGCUCGAGCCUGA